AAAAUCCAAACCAAGUUGAACCAAACAUCUCUCUCGUCUCGACUCACAAAUCUCUCUUUAGCUUCUUCUGGAUUGGAGACCUGCCAUCCACUGCUUCAAUGGCUACUGUGCUCGAAUCGAUAGCUGUUCCUCGCGCCUCGGGCUUUUCUAGACCGGCUGUUUCGCCGGUUACUGCCUCAUCGUGUUUAUCUUCGGUCUCUGCUCGCAGGAGAUCGAGGGCGGUACCGGAGUUCAAGGGCCUCAGGAUGAAAUUGACGCCCGAAACUCGCUCUUUUGGAUCUGCGAGUCGGAAUCAGAGCUCAAGACAAGGUCGCAACGGACGAAUUGUGUGCGAGGCUCAGGAUGUUGCCGUUGAUGUGCCAUCUGUUACUGCUGAAACUUGGAAAUCAAAUGUUCUUGAAUCUGAAUCCCCUGUUGUUGUUGAAUUUUGGGCUCCAUGGUGUGGGCCCUGCCGUAUGCUCCUCCCUAUUAUUGAUGAACUGGCAAAGCAAUAUGCUGAGAAGAUCAGAGUCUACAAAAUUAAUACUGAUGAAUGCCCAUCAGUCGCAUCUGAUUACGGGAUUAGAAGCAUUCCUACUGUCUUAAUCUUCAGGAAUGGAGAAAAGAAAGAUACCAUUAUCGGCGCUGUUCCGAAAACCACUCUAGCUGCUAGUAUUGAGAAAUUUCUUUAGUGAUGGUAAGGAAUUCCUUUGUUGGGCUAAGUUCUUGUUUCUGUAUCUGUUGUUUGAAUCUUUGUCUUUGAAUGCCCAAGUCAGAUGCUCUACCAUCAAUGAGCCCUUAAAUGCUACUGUAUAGCUUCAAAAAGCUGCCAUAUUUUCUGCCUCCUUAGACAUAUUAGUUGCCAACAUGUUUCUUAUUUAUAAGACAUCGCUUUUGAUGUUUCUAUAAUGAAUAUGUUGACAAAUUCGCAAAUUA